AUGACUGAUAUUAACCCUCUAGCAGAGAAAUGGAAGAAGCGUGGGCUUGUCCUUCGCGAUUAUCAGAAAGAAGGUGUCGAGGUAAUGGACACAUGGUAUCAGGCUGGGCAUGGAGGGAUUAAUGGCGAUGAGAUGGGUUUGGGGAAGACAUGUCAGGCUAUCGUACAAAUGCUUCGUAUGAGAGAAGAUGGGAAAGGACCAUUCCUUGUUGUAUGUCCACUUUCAGUCUGCGACCACUGGCUUUCAGAGGUUGAAAGAUUUUCCUGCGGAUCGUUAUACCCUGUUGGUUAUCACGGCUAUGAAACAGCUCGUGCUGAUAUCCUUAAGCGCCUGAGAAAACUCCAAAAGAACACCGUUUUCAUAGUUCCUUUUCAUAUUUUUCGCUCUGAUGCUGAGGUAAUUGCUGGUUUCCAAGAAAAGUCCGAUCUUGAAUUUGAUGUUGUAGUAGUGGAUGAAGCACACAACAUCAAGAACUCCGAAUGUCAAUUAGCCGAAUCUUUGAAACCUUAUAGACGAAAGGCAUGGUUCCUGUUGAUGACUGGUACACCUAUACAAAACGAUUUAGGAGAGUUGUACUCACUCUUCACCUUUGUUGACCCUAGCACAUUCAAAGAUAAUAUGACAGCCAAGAAAACCUUCGUCGAGAGAUACAGUGACAAUGCGAAUAUGGAGAGAUUAAGGAAGAUCUUAUCAAAAUAUCUUAUUCGACGGACGAAGGAUGUUGUAUGCAAAGAAUUGCCUCCAUGUGAACAAGUUAUUAUCUACCACAAUAUCAGUGAAGUGCAGAAAAAGCUUUAUUUGGAUAUAAUAGCCCAAGAUUAUGAGAAGUUUUUGGAAUCAACUCGCCAGGAGCACCAGUCACUCGUUAACCUUCAAAUGCAACUUAGAAAAUGUGUUUUGCACCCUUAUCUCUUCAAAGGUGUUGAACCAGAACCAUUCGCAGAAGGCGAACAUUUAGUUGAAGCAAGCGGCAAAUUUAUGGUAUUGGACCGACUUCUGCGUUAUCUGAAAAAGAAGGGCCAUAGAUGCUUGAUAUUUUCGCAGUUUGUCAUAGUUCUCGAUAUUGUACAGGAUUUUAUGGAUCUUCGAGGUUAUAACUACGAACGUUUUGACGGAAGUGUUCGGGCUGAAGAAAGGUUUGCAUCAAUCAAUAAUUUCCAAAACAAUGUGAAGAGAGGGACAAGAACUCGCGGAUCACCUGCUAGGGAUGAUCCAUGGUGUUUUCUGCUCACCACCAAAGCUGGUGGAGUUGGGUUGAAUCUUACCGCGGCUGACACGGUGAUCUUUUUGGACGCCGAUUGGAAUCCACAGAACGAUAUUCAAGCAAUGGCUCGGUGCCAUAGAAUUGGCCAGAAUAGACCAGUGCGAGUGGUUCGCCUUAUUGCUCGUUAUACGAUUGAGCAGCACAUGCAUGCACGUAUUCGUGAAAAGCUGAAAUUCACAGAUAAAGUGAUGGGAAAUGAAGAGAUGAAAGUGACCGGCUAUGAUAUGUUGAUGAUGAUUAAGCAAAGUCUGGGAACGCUCAAAGAGCAGACACAUGAGAAGUACGACUUAACUGACAAAGAUUUGGAAAGCGUCAUUGGUGAAACGAAUGCUGUUGGGGAAUGGUUGCCGUUGAAGAGUGACAAAGAAAACAAGGUACCGGCUGCUCUGCGUCUGAAUCCAGAUGAGGUUGAUCGACGAGAUACAGAUCUAAACGAUUAUCGCGUGUACGAAGGUCAUCAUUACCGUGUUUCUGCGAAGGAUGAAGCUGCAUUCAAGGAGCUGCGUCUGUUGAAACUUGCAGGAACAAAACGUAAUGGGAAACGUCGCAAUUUUAGAAGUUAUUCGGACGAGAUGGUUGGAAGUGAAGGUGGUAUGGUGAGGGGAAAGGAAAAUAAAAGCGCAUAUGACGAGAAGCGGAAAUUAGCUGCACAGGCCAAGAAGGAUGCUCUUUGGACGGCAAAUGACGUCCCCGAACUGAUAGAUUUGACCACCUGCGAUGAUCCUUGUAGUGCGGCCGCUAUCAACUCGAUAGGAAUGGUUCUCCCCCAUGUAAAUCCUAGUAUUGUCGUCUUGGGAGAGACGAAAUCUGGCUAUGUAUCAGGAAAUCUACCGCUACCAACAGCUGAGGAUCAACAAAGUUUGUACGCUGAUGUUGUUGAGGAAGGUGUCCCGUUGCAUUAUGUUCAUGGCGAUGUAACCAAACCACAAAGAGAGGAAACCGAUCAUUCAAAGUGUCGAUUGAUUUUACACUGUGUAGACAAUAGUGGAGUUUUCGGGAAUCGUGGAAUUUUUGCCGCCCUACGAGAAAAGGAUCCAUCUAUCGCGGAUAAGUACGAACUAAUCUCUCGUAUGGGAGAUAUGAAAAUGGGCGACGCUCACCUGAUUUCCAUUGUGAAGAGCACUGAAGACGAUGAAAUGCAACCAUCGACGUCCUCUGAGGUAGAAGAGGCAGUGGUCUUGUUUGUAGCGCAGAGCAGUAAACACAGAGAUGAGAUACGCCCAACCAUACUGGAACUGUGUUUCUCCCGUAUUGGAGAAUAUGCACGCCACAAUAACGUUAGUGUUCACAUGGCAAGAAUUGGCUACGGUACAUCAUUGAACUGGUAUACGGUAGAACGUCUCAUCAAAAAGUGCAUCAGUGACCAUGGUAUACCUACGUACAUCUAUUACUUCGCUAGACCGCAACGACCACAGCAGCCACUUUCUCCGCAACCGACACAACGGCCUCCUGUCAAACGACCAAAUCCGGCUCCACACGGUCCCAACAAAAGAUCAAAGCUUAGAAAGGAUUCCGGAGAUUUUGUUGUGGGCGACGGAAAAGAAGAGAGCGAAGAAGAAUCGGACAGUAGCAGCGCUUCCAGCAGUGCCAGCGACCAUGACUGGAGUGAGGAAGACGAAGACGAAGAAGAAGAGAAGGAAGAUAUCAGUGAUGAAAGUGGUUCCUCUUGCGAAGAAAUCGAAGACGAAGAACUCGAAGAGUUGAAGAUCACGCGCAGCCCCCGCCGCCGCCCACGUAUGUCCAGAAGGAGUCGCUCGAGCGACAGAAGCAAGACAUCCAGUAGUCGAUCAGACACAGGGAAACAUAUGAACGAGUCAGACUUUGAAGGUUAUCAAACCCCAGAGCCUAAAGCGCUGUUCAGAGAUGUAGCGGUUUCACUCUACGGUCUUGAUAAGGACAUGGCCAAUAAAUUGACGGACUUCGUUGUGGAGAAUGAAGGCUAUCCAGUAACUGAAGUAAACGAGUUAAAAGAUGCCACCCAUGCUGUUGUUGGACAUCAGACCGCCAUUGAUUCCAGAAAGUUCGAGGAAUUUAAGAGAAUGUUUGAUGUUAAUUGUAUUUUCAUCAAGGAAAGUUGGAUUAGUGAUUGUAUAGAGGCCAGAGAGAAGUUGGACCCUCUCAUGUACAAACUAGAUUACAGUCUACUCCUCCACAACGGUUUACCGCCAUAUCAUAGUGGCGUGGAGGUGACACUGGACGUCGAACUGCGAUGCACAGCGGAGGUUGGGCGACGACCUGUGGUGAAAGCUAAGUUCGCCGUGGCAUGGCUGCUUAGUUUGGGGAAAAGUCUCUUUGCCACUCCAGCAUAUUCACUGCCUCAGUACCCUGCACACUGGGCCCUCCCGUCCCGUCAGACAUCGGACGGUAUGGCGACCGGUGAGAGGCGAUCAAAUCUCAGGUUGCUCAGAACGUCAUUGAUUCUGGACCAAGGCGACACACGCACGACUCGCCAUGGAGACUGUCUCAGACUGUGUACUUACAACGUGAGAACAGUUUCCACAGACGCCGACCUGCAUGCCCUUCUCGGAGCUGCAGAGCGUAUCAAAUUUCACGUGAUUGCUCUGCAGGAGACCAAGUGCAGAAGGAGCGACGUACGACAGAUGAAUGACGGUACACUCGUCAUUCGUGGAGAGAAGGUUCCGUCGCGAAAUGUAGGCGGUGCAGGUUUCGUUGUGCACCCAUCUGUCGUCCAUCUCGUCGGUUCUCACGAGAUCCUGUCACCUCGUCUGGCCAUUCUUCGCCUCCGCCCUCUGCGCCAAAAAUCCAUCAGUAUCAUCAACUGCUAUUCACCAACAUCAGCAGCUGAUGAUUUCGAAUUGGACGCGUUUUACGAGGAGCUGGAGGAAGUAGUCCACAACGAGAAGUCCUUUUACAAAUUCGUUGUCGGAGACUUCAACGCAAAACUAGGAAAGGCCACAGAAGAGGAAUACAGGAUUGGAAGAUUUGGACUAGGGGACCGGAAUGAAAAUGUGGUUCUGAUCACCGUCUCCUUCGUGCUAAAAUACGACUUAGCCACACGAUGGAAAGAACAACUCUGGCAUCGAAGGAGAAAAGAAGUCGAUUGCGUACUCGACGACUCCCUGUCCCAAGGUGACUGGCACAUCGAGGAGGACCCAAACGUGGACUACGAGAUGCUGCUCAGAGGAUUACGAGCCUGUGCUGAGCGCGCCUCGAAGUCGCGCACGACAAACUUGGAUCGAAUUUCGAAGACCACCAAGGAAUUGUUAGGAAGAAGGGCUUUGAGGCUUGAUCCGAAUGCAUCGCACAUUGAGCGGUUAGUAGCAAACACUAGCUGCAGAAAAGCGUUGCAGGAGGAUCUUUUGAAGUACAGGCAGAAGAAGAUUUUGGAAGCAGCAGAAAGAAGAACGAGUCUAAAGAAGCGCCGCAGGGAUCUCCGCGAAUGUAAUAUUCUGCUAGCAGCCUUGCUGAACGAGGGCGGGACUCGCACGUCUUCUCGUCGUGAGAUGGAAAUCAUUACGGAGAGGUUCUACUCGAACCUUUUCCGUUCAUCAACUCCUUUGUCAAGCCCAAUCAUCCCCACUGGCGAAGCUCCACCACGGAUUCUCCCUUCGGAAGUACGAGUCGCUAUCAAGAGCAUGAAACCUGGCACAGCCCCCGGACCUGAUUUUAUAUCAGCAGACUUUCUUCGGGCUGGUGGCCAUCCGCUUCAUGUAAUCUUAGCAGCGCACAUGACAUCCUAUCUUCAGAAAGAAAGGAUCCCAGACCAGUGGAAGACCUCGCGAACCGUUCUUAUCCAUAAGAAAGGUGACCGAGAGGACCUUCGGAACUACCGUCCGAUAUGCUUGCUGAGCGUGUUAUACAAAGUAUUCACCAAGAUCAUCCUCACACGCAUAUCUAGGACGCUGGAUGAAGCCCAGCCUCAAGAACAAGCUGGAUUCCGCCAAAGGUUCAGCUGCUUGGACCACAUCCAGCCCUUGUCGAGGGUCAUAGAGAUUUGCCGGGAAUACCGCCUGCACCUUGUUCUAACCUUCGUCGACUAUGAGAAAGCCUUUGACAGCGUAGAAACGAAUGCAAUACUGUCAGCGCUGGUCGAUCAAGCUUUUCCACCGCCCUCUCACCAUACCCAUUGGAAAGGAAAGGGGGUACGACAAGGCGAUACUAUAUCGCCGAAGCUGUUCACGGCUGCAUUGCAAUGGAUAAUGAAAUCACUAUCCUGGGAAGAAAGGGGCAUACGUGUUGAUGGAAGAUUUCUUUCGAACCUUCGUUUCGCGGACGACAUCGUUCUCUUUUCGAGCAGUACCAAUGAAGCAGAAACGAUGCUCAACGAAUUGGACGAAGCAGGGAAGAGAAUAGGACUACGAAUAAACAGAAAGAAGACACAGUUCAUGAAGAACGCCCACUGCGAGGACGGAGAAGUACAACUUGAAGGCUCCCAAAUCGUGGAAACUCCGUCAUACGUAUACCUCGGACGUUCUAUGAACAUGGAAAACGACUUGAAGGAAGAACUGAAUAGAAGAAUGAGAGCAGCAUGGGCAGCAUUCGCAGCCGUCAGGGAAGCUACGGACCAACUGACGGACCAUGAUCUUCGUGCCCAUCUGUUCGACUCGACAGUCCUUCCAGCGCUCUGUUACGCAGCGGAGACGUGGGCAGACACCGCGGCCACGUCUAGGAAGCUACUUACUACCCACAGAGCCCUUGAGAGAUGUCUCCUGAAGUUUAACCGGCGCACACAACACCUUGCCGGUCUUCGUAGCUCCGACUUAAGAGGAAUGUCCCGUCUUCGCGACCCAGCGGAAUAUGUAUCGAAAGCAAAACAUAGAUGGGCCGGUCACAUCAUGAGAAGAAUCGACGAUAGAUGGACUAAAAGAAUGCUAGAGUGGAUCCCAAGGGACGCUAAACGCCCCCGAGGGAGACCGCCAACGAGAUGGGGUGACGUGUUCGCUGCACGGAUGGACCAGCUGAGAGCUCAGCUGGAUACGGCUCAAGGACCUCGUCAACAUCACUCACGAAGCUUGAGAACAUCUUGGAUGACAAUGGCGAGGGAACGAAACGAGUGGAAGAGAUGCUGGGGCCCGCACGUCGAGUGA